CGCAAUCUCACUCUCCCGCUAGACCUUUUCAAUUUAUAAUCUUUUUAUUUCAUCACCCGUCAAAGAGAAGGGAGAAACAUAUUAAGGAAAUUUUCAAGGAAAAAAGCAAGACUCACCAUGGUUGGAGUCAAGCGUCCCGUCGACGCCGGCGACGAGCGCAAUGGAAAGCGGAGCAAGACGAAGACGCCUGUUGGUGUCCCCGCGAAGAAGUCGAAGAGUACUUCCAUGAAGAAGUCGGCGCCUGCUUCCAAGUCGGUGUCGAAGAAGAGCGACAAGUCCAAGUCUGAGAAGAAGAGCACGAAAACUAAGAAGCCGGCGAAGAAGGAGGAGUCGGACGACGACGAUGAUGAUUUCGACGUGGAUGAUAUUUCGGACUCGGAUCUCGAGGGCGGUAUGAAUGUUGACGAGGAUGAGGAUGUUGAUAUGGAUAGCGCUGGUGAUGAUGAUGAGAAGGACGAGAGCGACAGCAGCGAGUCUGGUGAUAAGGCGGCGGCUAAGUCUUCGUCGGACGAGAAGAACAAGAACGCAUCCCGCGAGUCGCACGCCAAGCAGAAGGCCCUCCAACUAGAACGCAAAAACGCGAAGCCCAACGCCGACGUGAUCCAGCGCUCGAAGAAGCUGUGGGAGCGCUUGCGCCGCAAGUCGCACGUUCCCCUGGAGGAGCGGAAGAAGCUCAUUGCCGAGCUUUUCGGCAUCCUUACCGGACGAGUCAAAGAUUUCGUGUUCAAGCACGACUCCGUCCGUGUCGUCCAGACGGGCCUGAAGUACGCCAACCUCGAGCAGCGGAAGCUGAUCGCCACCGAGUUGAAGGGCAGCUACAAAGAGUUGGCGCAGAGCCGAUAUGCCAAGUUCUUGAUUGGCAAGAUUCUUGUGCACGGGGACGCCGAGAUUCGCGAUAUGAUCAUCCCAGAGUUUUACGGCCACGCCAAGCGAUUGAUCCGGCACCCGGAGGGAUCGUGGAUUCUCGACGAUAUCUACCGCACGGUUGCCACGAAGGAGCAGCAGGCCAACCUCCUCCGGGAGUGGUAUGGCCCGGAGUUCUCGAUCUUCAGAGAUACUGCGAGUGAUGUGUCGGCGGAUCUCAGCAAGAUCCUCGAGAAGAACCCGGAGAAGCGGACGCCGAUCAUGCAUUUCCUCCACGAGCUCAUCAACCAGCUGGUGCAGAAGAAGAUGACCGGAUUUACGAUGCUACACGAUGCCAUGCUGCAGUACUCCCUCAACACUAAGCCCGGAAGCAACGAGGCCACGGAGUUCAUCGAGCUGCUCAAGGGCGACGAAGAAGGCGACCUGGUCAAGAACUUGGCGUUCACCAAGUCCGGCAGCCGCGUAAUGUGCCGGAGUCUGGCAUACGCCAAUGCCAAGGACCGCAAACUGCUGACUCGAUUCUACCGCGACACGAUCAAGCUGAUGGCUGGCGAUCUCCACGGACACAUGGUCAUCCUGGCGGCCUACGAAGUGAUCGACGACACGAAGCUGACCGCGAAGAUGGUCUUCACCGAGCUCCUGAACCAAGGCAGCGACGCAGAGACCCGCAACGAGGAGCUCAUGUUCCAGGUGAACGACCUGACCGCGCGCAUCCCCAUCCUGUUCCCCUUCGCCGGCGACCGCGCCAAGUGGCUCAUGCCCGAAGGCGACUACGAGAUGCUGAAGGAGAUCCGCGAGAUCCGCAAGGAGACCUCCAAGAAGGAGCCGGAGGUGCGCCGACAGGAGCUCGUCAAGGCGGCGUCUGCGACGGUGCUGGAGCUUAUCGCGGCGCGCGCCGAGAGCCUCCUGGAGACGAGCUUCGGCUGCCAGUUCCUGGCGGAGGUCCUCUUCGAGGCCGACGGAGACAAGACGGCCGCGCUGACGGCCGUGGCCGAAGCGGCCAAGACCCAGUCGGACACCAAAGACGCGGCCUUCGUGGGGCGACUGCUGAAGUCGCUCGUGCAGGGCGGCCGAUUCAACAGCGCCGAGAAGAAGGUGGAGAAGGUGCAGCCGGCGCUCAACUUCCACGAGCUGCUGUACGAUCAGAUCAAGGACGAGAUCAUGACAUGGGCGACCGGGUCCAACGUGUUUGUGAUUGUUGCCCUUGCCGAGUCUGACGACUUCGAGAAGAAGAGCGAGCUGCUGAAGACGCUGAAGAAGGGACGCAAGGCGCUGGAGAAGGCGUCUGCUGAGACUGGGAAGGGGCCCGCAGGUAAGGGCGCGAAGCUGCUGCUGGAGAAGAUCUAAUCCUUUUCCUCUUCUUUCUUGUUUUCUGUGGUAUAGUCUGGUGUAGACUACUAGAAAGAUGUCUAUAAUACUGGGUCCACGAGAAGAGCUUCUCGCUCUCGCAGUGUUUGGUUUAUAUUUGAUCCGUGUUUGGGGGUGUUAUAACAAUCUGUACAGGGUCUGCUAUAGUUUUAGACCAGUGAGCCAAAAG